AUGGACUCAUUUCCUCAUUUCCAGAAGGAACCAGACGAUACACAAACCAGAAAGCUCAACAGAAUUGCCGUGCCGAGCCAAGCCAUUACGGGACUACCAAAUCUUGAAAAAGUGGCAGCUCGAGCGGGUCUGGACGUCAUCGUGGACGCCGAGGCGGGGGAGGCUGGGCCCUGAGACACCGUCGGGUCCGGCAGACACUGAAAACUUGCCGUAAUUUAAAGCCGAGGGUGGAACCAUUUGUGCACUGACUGUGUACCCGGAAUCUCGCGCACGAGCUGUAACUAUAGGGUAUUUUUCACAAGUUCAACGUGACCAUGACUCUCUCUUAGACUAGAGCGUGGUUUUGAGUCGAUGUUACAUGUUAUAUCCGUAGUUCGUAUUACAAUUGACUUCUACCGUUAGGGUAACCUGCUCGUUCUAGAAUUGGAGAAAAGAAGGUGAUUGACCGACUUCCGAGCCUAACAGUUGACCCCGUGUGUAGC